AUGACUCCGAUGAGUCUUGGGUUCGACAACCUCUGCGUGAGCGCAGUAGAGGAUAUGGCAAUGUCUCAACAGUUUCAUCGACGUCGGCCACGUGCACAAGUGCAGGCAGGGCAGCACCCGCUCGACCCGCGACUUUACAAGGCAAGGUACCCAGGCCAGCUAUCGCGCAGUGAUGAUGGACCGUUCCUGUACAGCCACUCACAUUCCGGCAACGAAGUUUCUCAGCGCGGGCAAGUGGACGUAUCAGACAUGCGUGAGCAUCCACGGACUGUCAAGCAAGACCCUGCUGCUCUGCGGCAGGGCUACAGAUAUGAUGAUCUUGUAGCCAGGGACAGGACUUGCUCUCCUAGGCUAUACGAGAGCGAUCGAGAUCCUGGCAAUUCUCGAGCUGGCACUCGACCUCACGAUGCGUCCACGACAGAGUGGCGACCGAGCGCUUACCAGAGUCGUCUCCUCGAACAUACUACUCCACUAGUACAGCACUCUAGCUCUGAUGAGAUCAGGAAAGCUCGACACAAGGCUGCAAAGUCGUGGCUGCAAGAGGAGAGCAUAUUGCACGCUACUAAUGGCUGGCCCAUCACUGAGGAUAUGGACGAGCCUGUGACCUCAGCGGAAGUCUGGACCAAACAUGCUGCUCUGGCUUCCAGUACUGCCAAAGUAGCGGUCAGCCACGACAUCCCGGCUCAUACAUUGCAGUGGCUCAAUAGCCAAGCAUCAGGUCCGCCCACGAUGUCGGCUUUGGAGGAGGAAGAAGGCAGCCUCGAACUAGAUACAACGAUGUCUGGCUCGUGGUCACCCACCGCUGAGGCUUUCCUUGAUGAAGGGAUACAUGCCUUGACCACGCAGACCAGACCGCCAAUUGGUAUCGUGGCAGCAUUGACGGCAUCAUCUUGUACAUCGGCUGAUGUUGCAGACUCUCCGACCUCGGCUACCAGACUUCCACCACUCGAGGAUGACUCCAGCCGGAAGCCCAUAAAAAAGGCCAGUCUUGACGAGCUCUCCGAAUCGAUCAGUAACGUGCCACUCACACGUGGGGGAGAGGGCCCGCAUGGAAGCGAGGUCCGCACGACGGCAGCUCCAACGCGAGAAUGCGAACAUUGUCAGAAUUACAGAUGUGGCAUAGUCCUUCCAAGUAGCAGCGAUGCACGAUUGCAAGGUAACGCAUCAAAAUUCGACGUGCCCACGCUCCUACGCCUUGCAGCAGCGAGCGACGCUGUCGAAGCCAAAGAGCCAACCGCUCAUGCAGUAGUCCAAGAGCAAAUCGUUGCGGACCGAGGCAAGGAAGACGGGAAAGCGAGCGGCUGGGUCAUGGUCUCUGAAGUAGACCCGCUCAAUAACAAGGACGACUUCGACUUCACGGAAAUCCCAGGUCCGGAUGAGGCAGCGCUACUGUCCGGCCAGGAGACGAUAUCUUGGUGGUCGUUGGCGAGAUGGUUCGGACGAAGGAUGUAG